AUGUCACGGAGCGGGGCCCCGCAGCCGCCUUCCCCGGCAGGGCAGGGACCGGCCGCCCCUUCCCGGAUCCUCUCUCGCCUCGCCCCCGCCCGGCCCGGUGCAGCGGAGCCGGGAGCCGCGGCUGCCCCGCCGGCCCGGCAGGUGAGCGCUCUGCAGGGCCUGCCCAUGGAUGCCAGCAAGAAGGUGGAUCUGAAGAUCAUCAUCAUCGGAGCUCUGGGCGUGGGCAAGACCUCCCUGCUGCACCAGUACGUGCACAAGACAUUCUACGAGGAUUACCGCACCACGCUGGGCGCCAGCAUCCUCACCAAGGUCCUCGCCGUGGACAGCACCCCCCUGAAGCUGCAGAUCUGGGACACAGGGGGACAGGAGCGAUUCCGGUCCAUGGUGUCGACCUUCUACAAAGGCUCCGACGGCUGCAUGCUGGCCUUCGACGUGACAGACAGGGAGUCCUUUGAGGCCCUGGACAACUGGAGAGAUGAUUUCCUGGAGAAGGUCAUUCCCAGGGAACACGAUUUCCCCAUGGUGGUGCUGGGGAACAAGAUAGACCUCAGUGACCGGCAGGUGCCCAAGGAAACAGCCUCAGCCUGGUGCAAGGAGAAGGACAUUCCGUAUUUCGAGGUCAGUGCCAAGAACAACAUCAACGUGGCCGAGGCUUUCGAGACCCUCGCGAAGCAGGCGCUGAGCACGUACAAAGGGAUUUUUGAGAGUUAUUUAACCGACUCCAUCAAGCUCACUCCCAACGACAAGCCCAAGCAGAGCUGCUGCUGACCCCGGCGCCACUGGA